UUUUUUUUUCCCUCUCUUUACCUAAAAUUCGCUGUCUUUCAGACUCUUCACCCAUUUUCCCACACUUCUAGCCAUGAGAGUGAGAGCCAAUACACCACUCUCUAACCCAUUUCCUUUUCUUCUUCUUCUUCUUCUUUAAUCAAAUUCUUCUUCUAUUUCUUCUCAUCUUUCUCUCUUUGAAUCUCAAUCCAAAUCUUAACACACACCCACAUAAUAUUGUGAGAUCUAGCAUGCAUUGCCAUUCCUAUGGCUUCCCCUCACCAUUCCCAUAGCUUCAUGUUCCAAUCCCGCCCCGCCGAUCACCAUGAAUACGUCCCCUCCGCCUCCUUUAACGCCAUCCCUUCAUGCCCUCCUCACCUCUACUUUCACGAUGGGGUUGUUCCGGUGAUGAUGAAGAGAUCGAUGUCGUUUUCAGGAGUCGAGAAUGGGUGUGAGGAAGUGAAUGGCGACGAGGGGUUAUCGGACGAUGGAUUGGCGUUGGGAGAGAAGAAGAAGCGAUUAAAUUUAGAGCAAGUGAAAGCAUUGGAGAAAAGUUUUGAGUUAGGGAAUAAGCUUGAGCCAGAGAGGAAAAUGCAGCUAGCCAAAGCUUUGGGGUUGCAGCCAAGACAAAUUGCUAUUUGGUUUCAGAAUAGAAGAGCCAGAUGGAAAACCAAACAAUUGGAGAGAGAUUACGAGGUGUUGAAGAAACAGUUUGAAGCUCUAAAAGCUGACAAUGAUGUACUUCAAGCUCAAAAUACCAAACUCCAUGCAGAGUUAUUAGCAUUAAAGACCAAAGACUCCGGCGAGGUGGUGGGCGGCGCCGCCACCAUGAACUUAAAGAAAGAAAACGAAGAGUGUUGGAGCAGCGACAACAGUUGCGACAUCAACCUCGACAUCUCAAAGACACAAGCAUCGAUAGGUGGCGGCAGUGGUGGCGGCGGAAGAGGAUGUUCUCAACCAGGAAUAAUCAAAGAUCUUUUCCCAUCCGCGGCAUUCCGAUCCGCCGCCAUAACGCAGCUGCUUCAACACGGGUCGUCAAGAUCAACGGUGGAUCAUCCUCAAGUGAUCCAAGAAGAAAGCUUCUCUCAAAUGUUCAAUGGCAUUGAAGAACAACAACAAACUGCAGCAGCAGCAGCAGCAGCAGCUGGGUUUUGGCCAUGGAAUUCAGAUCAAAAUUCCCAUUUUCAUUAAUCCAUCAUUACACAGUUAAUUUUUUUUCUCCCAUAUAAAACAGUUAAAAUUUUAAAUGAAUUAGUUCAGUUGUAAUAUUAUUAUUGGGAAUUUGGGAUUAUAAUUAAAUUAAAUGAUACGCAUUUGU